UGGCGGUUGGAGGAGGCGCCGCCACCGCCGCCGCCAUGACGGCCUGCAAGUUCUUCCUGCAGGGUCGGUGCCGCUAUGGCGAGCGCUGCUGGAAUGAGCAUCCCCGGGGAGGAGGAGGAGGAGGAAGAAGAGGAGGAGGAGGAGGAGGAGGAGGGCGGGCCCCACCCCCCGCCUAUCAGCACCAGCCGCAAAAACAGCAGCCCGCUUUCUCAGGUAGUAACAGAGGAGGGUGGAAUGCCCCAAACCAGCGAUAUACGAGCGUCAUCCAGCCAUCCAACUUCUCCAAAUCCUCAACAUGGUGGGGCGGCAGAGGCCAAGAGAAGCCCUCCUUUGGUUCUUACCAAGAUUCUGGAUCAUCAAAUAGCAGAAACAGGAAUUUUGGAUUCUCUCAGAACAGAUUCUCUGCACUUAGCAGUAAUGAGAGUGGUGUUCAAAAUGAUGAAGACAACAAACUUCUUGAAGGAAUAGUGAAAGACAUGGACAAUUGGGAAUCUUCAGGGCAGUGGAUGUUCUCCGUCUAUUCACCAGUGAAAGACAAGCCUAACAUCUCAGGUUUUGCAGAUAUUUCACCAGAAGAGCUGAGGCUUGAAUAUUAUAACUUCAGAGCAAACAAUGAUUUGCAGAGUUUUCUAAAUUUAGUCCAGCAAUUCAUAAACCAGUGGAGGAACAGGUUGCGUGAGCUGAAGAAUAUAAAUGCAUCCAACAGAGGAACACUGCUCUCUCAGACGAACACCACGGUGAAUCACUCAGCCCCUGCAUUUGGAUUUGGCAGCCCACAGCAAACGUCAACUUUUGGGUCAUCAGGUUUUCCACUGAGCAGCAACACUCGGGCUGACCAGUUCAGCUUUAAACUGGGUUCAGUAAUAGUCCCAGCCUCUUCGGAUGGGACGGCGGGAUUUGGGUCUUCUCCCAUUCCUACUACGACAACCCCUACCGUUUUAUUUGGGAAACCAGUAAUCUCCUCUGCAGCUUCCUUUUCAUUUAAGAGCCCUGCCGCCUCUGGCUUUGGAUCAACCGGCUUCUCAGGAUUUCAAACUCCCGCCGCCGCGGGCCCCGCGGCAGCCCCCGCUGUCACGGGCAUUGGAAGCGGCACCGCGGCAACGGGCUUGGGGCUGGCGGGUUCCAAUUUGGGCCCUACUUUCCCCGGACAAACUGGAGGCGGCUUUGGGAGUAACGGCCCUCCUGCUCCUCCUUCAACUCCAAGCAGCAGUAAAACUGCAGGUGACUUGUUUACACCCACGCCGGACCUCUCUGUGGAAGAACUGAAACAGUUUGAAGCAAAGAAAUUUGUUCUAGGAAAGAUUCCUCUAAAACCACCACCUUUGGAGCUUUUAAAUGUUUAAACACUUAAGCACACUUGAUUAUUUUAAAUAGAGGAAAGGUUGAUUUUUCCAUUUUUACUUCAAACACGAAACGAUAUCUACAGAAUUGAUCUUCUGACAUCUAGAUGUUUUAAAGGGGAGUAGAGAGGUGAUGGUUUUACUCGGUUAGAGGUUCACACCCCGCCCAAAUCCAUUUGCGGAAAGAGGCAUCAUUAUCAUGAGUGGUUUUUUUAAACCAAAGCAGGCCUUGCAAUGUAAUUUAAUUAGGACUGGAACAAUUGACAUAAAUUCCUGGCUUUUGGUGUUCACAUAGUGACUCAGGUGUACCCUGAGCUAAAUUAUCCCACAGGCCCUUACCCUGUUUUUGUUUUCCACCCUUUUAAAGUACUCUCCCAAUACCAGUUAAGGGGCACAUUGUCUUCCACAGUCACAAAAAUGCUAAUUUUUAUGAAAAGAAUAAAAUUCAGAAAAACUAUGGAAUAGUCACAUAAGAUGCAAAAUCUAGCAUUUAUCUUAGGCCUGAAAUACGUCAAAGAGGUACGUACACUGAGGGGAAUAAAAAAAUCCGGCCGGAGAUGAAUUUCCCCAAGGCUACAUCACCUGUGUUUUGCGCAACGGUCAGUUCCACGGACUGCCAGCAUAUUCUCCCGAAGCAGCAGAGGGGGUAUCAUGUCGGCAUCGUGAUGCUGAGCGGAUUGUGUUUGUUCUGAACCGCAUCCUUCAACAGCCAGAGGCAAGGAAUGACGUGAGGAAAAAGUGACGAUCGGCUGCCCGCUGUCACAGUGCGGGUGAUUAGGCAGCUCUCCAGUUGGUGUGUUCUACGGAGACAGGGCUGCGCUUCACCGGGCUUCGCGAGCCUACCCGUGAGUGGGUAGGUCACUUCUGCCUCCUUGCCCCAUAUUUGAAAUUCCCAAAGCUGUUCCUCAGCCCUUUGACUCUCACAUCAUCUGUAGAUAUAUGAAAUGCUACCAAAGAGAAAAUAGCGUAUGUUUACCGAAUGAAGUUAGUACGUAAGAGGGAAGCAGGCAGGUUUGUGUUCCUUUCAACCUGCGUAACGGUGGAGAACUCGGUCUGAACCUACUUGCCUGCUGCAUUUUGGUCUCUUGAUGCCUCAUCUCCCUCUUGAUUGAAAAAGAUGACCUAGGGUCAGUGGAUUUCUGUUUUAAUUUCACUCACACUCAAGAACCUUUAUUUCCAGGUGGGAAAUGCAUCUGUAAUCUGUAAUUGAAAUUACAAUUAAUUUGCAGUCAAUUUAACAGGAAGCAAAUACUUUCCAACUCUUGUCAGUUCUAAGCACACGUGAGUGGAAUCAUGCCUACAUUCCUCACUGAAGUAGAGCAGGCAGCUCUUUCUCUAGAUGUUAUCAGGAUGAAAACAGCAAUUUUUACAUAAACCAGUGUCUGUCAGGGCAGCCUUUGAACUGUUUUUCCAAAAGACUGAAACCAAAAGAUAGAUCACUUCUCAGAAAUGGUUUCUGUGUAGCCAUUGCUUGUGCAGGCUGUAUCCCAGACCAUUACUUUGUUCAGGAAAUGCUAUGAAAACAAACAUGCACAAGUAAUAUUGAUUGCAUUCUUUCCUCCAAAUUGGAGCUUAGUCGGUGUCUUACUAUUGCCUGUAACCUAUCUUGAGAUGAGGCAUAAAAUGGAAGCUCUCCACGCUACAGUAAUUAAGAUACGAUUUUUACAAAAGUUAAAAGGUGCAGUCCAAUUUCCUGACUAAAUUUGUGUUGGCAGAAACAAUGAAGCCUGAGGGCAAAUACCAGCAGAUGAUUUAUGGGAUGAAAGGAAAGACUUUUCCCCAUCUGGUCUUUUCCUUUAUUUUUCUAAUGGAAAAUUGGAUUAAUUUGGGGAAAAAAUUCAUUUUACAAAAAUGUUAUUUUAGAAUGAAUUGAACGCUUUUCAAGAUAGGCAAGGAUCUCAACUCUCACAGCUGUCUACUCGAAACAAUUGCUUCGGCCAGUGUGAUAGUUUUUUAUCUACACACGGGUGUAAACCCACACCACAACCCGGUGGUGAUCCCUGAAAAUAUGGUUAUAUUAUAAAUAUAACCAUAUUUGGGGACAUGUUUUCUCAUAGGUUUAUUUUUUGCAAAGUAGGAUCCAUUGCAGAGUCUCCAGGAAAAAGGGACAUAUGAAGUUCCUUUACCUGUUUUUACAGUAUUCAAAAAUGUCAUUAAAGUGGUGUUUACCCUUCAUUAAAGUAAUUAGUAUCACAAUUUUAAGUACAUGAGAAUAUAAUUAAAUGCUUGUAGGAGGCUGCAGAGUAGAAGCUUAUUCUGCUGAUUGCCAUGGUGGUUUUCAAUCUAAAUUGGAUAAAUUCUUCACUGAAGCUGAACAGCCUUUCUGCUUCUUAAAAAACACCUUGCAGCUGGUGAGAUUCACCUCUCAACACCUUCAAACUCCUCUCUCACUUCAGGACCUCUUUAAAUCAUUCAUAAAUUCAUCUGCUUUCUUGAAAAUGGAUGAAAGGCUUUUUAAUCCCAAGAUUUUAGCUGGUGGAAGCAAAACAACUUUUUCUUCACCUGCUUUGGCGUGAAUGCGUUGGAAUGUUGAAGUGCAAUGAGGUCCUCAUUGGACAAUUCUUUGAAAAUGCAUACGACUCCUCAAUGUCUGCAACCUCCAUUUCUAAAUUAUGUGCCUCUGCGCUUCAGCAACCUCUGUGGCGAUCUGCUCAGGGGUCACUUUAUUAGCUAGAAAAUCUGAAACAAACUGGGCAAUGCUUUCUCCAAAACCCAUUCAUUGUCAAUUACUUAAUCUCAGCCCUGGUGGGUUGGAAGUGGGAGAUGGGAGUGUUUGGCCAGAACUUCAACUCGUCGGCUUUUGCCCAGGGUAAGACAUCAGUCCAUACUGGUUGGUUGUAACUUGGGACAUGCUUUGUACUGUAUUAGAAACAGUAUUUGUUAAUUUUUACAAGAAACUUCUGAUGUUCUUUUCAGGAUUGAAUUUGAUAGUUUACAUGACAGGUGAGAGUUGCAUUAUCCCCCUAAGGUUGGGUUUUGUUCCUGUUCCUGAUUUAUAAAAGCAAGUUUCUUCUUUCAGGACACAGAUUGCUGACCUUACACAGCACAGUUUUUGUGAACAAGUAUAUAUAUAUAUAUAUAUUUGCUACCUGUGGUUACCUAUUUAUAACUAGUUUUUCCCUCAUUCACUUAACCUGGGAAAAACUAAAAAGAGGCAGAGAUUGCUUAAAGUGCAGGCAGUAACUCUUAAUUUUGUCUAAUAAUAAUUACAAAUCAUUAUUACAUAUUUAUUUGUAAGUGAUUCAAAUAAAGCUAAAAUAUUUGUACUUUUCCAAAAUGUUAA